AUGAUCCUGAAGAUGUUGAUCCACUCAUGUCCACUUUUUGCUCUCUGUCUGACAACUAGGACAAUGGCUUGUUGCGGAAUCAGGCACGUUCAAGUGUUUCUUUUAUUCACUGGCCUAGUGACGGCAUUCACAAUGAGAAUAAACAUGAGUAUGGCAAUAGUCGCGAUGACGAGUGAGAGUACCUUUGAUUGGAGUAUGCAAACUCAAAGUGUGAUACUUUCAUCAUUUCUUUGGGGAUACAUUAUACUCCAAAUUCCUAGCGGUAUGUUGGCUGCCAGAUAUGGAGGGAAACUUCUUCUGAUAAUGUGCAUUGGUAUCAAUUCUGUAGUGUCACUGUUAAUACCCUAUAUAGCACACAAGACGGGUUGGAAAGGACUUUGCUUUUGUCGCUUCUUGCAAGGUCUCUUUCAAGGCGGCACAUAUCCAGCUACACAUUAUUUAGUUAGUAAAUGGAUCCCCAUUGAGGAAAAGGGACGAUGUGUAUCCUUUGUUUAUGCAGGGGCCUUCCUUGGGAUGGGCUUGCAGCUGUUGGCUUCUGGGUUUAUAAUUGAUAUGUGGGAGUGGCCAGCAAUCUUCUAUUCCAAUGGUAUAUUGGGCAUUAUUUGGUUGCUUUGUUAUGCGUUUGUCGGAUCUGAUAGUCCACAGAAGUCUAAGAUGAUUAGUCCGGCAGAGAGGCUGUUAAUACAAACCUCAUUGGGACAAGUUGGUGAACAAAUGACUUUGAAAACCCCGUGGAAGGCGAUCCUCACUAGCGUACCGUUCUAUGCUCUGCUGAUAAUGCACAGUGGGCACAACUGGGGCUUUUGGACUCUUAUGACAGAAAUACCUUCGUACAUGGGCCAAAUACUGAAUAUUCAUAUAAAAACGAAUGGUGUGGUAUCAUCUAUCCCCUACUUUACAACAUACGCUUUAAGCUUUGUAUUUGGCUUUGCGACGGAUUAUGCUCUUAGACACAAGUGGUGCAGCACUGCGACUUGCAGAAAAGUGUCAAACUCUAUUGGUGAAUUUGGUCCAGCCAUAAUGCUAAUAGUUCUGUGUCAAGUGCCACCAGGUCAUACGACUGCGUGUAUAGUUCUGCUCGCGCUCGUGGUCGGACUUAAUGCGGGAAAUUUGACGGGAUUUUUGAUCACGCACAUCGAUAUGGCUCCCAACUUCGCGGGUCGUCUCAUGGGGCUGACCAACUGCGCCGCAACUGGGGUAGGACUCAUUGCACCUCUAGUGGCUGGAGCUAUACUGAAGGAUGAGAAAGAUCCUAAGCAGUGGCACAUAGUGUUUUACCUGGCUUCAGCCAUAUAUAUCGCUUCGAAUUUAAUAUUCAUCAUAUUUGGUAGCAACAAAAUACAGGCUUGGAAUAAUCCUGCUAAAGACAUUUCAUAG